AUGAGCGGCCCACAAGACUCGAACAGCCUGACGUCGGCGACGGCCUUCUCACCAUCUCUCGAAGCCAUCCGGCUGGCGGCGCAGAUGUACAAUGCCGCUCGCGAGGGGAACAAAAAGGUGCUGGAGGAGGCCAUUGAGUCGGGUCUGCCGGCGAAUCUGACAAACGAGAAGGGGGACACGCUGCUCAUGCUGGCCGCUUACUACGGCCACGCGGACGUGGUCAAGUUCCUCAUCCAGAAUGGGGCCGACCCAAACAGACUGAACGACAAACGCCAGAGCCCGUUGGCCGGUGCUGUUUUCAAGAAGCUGGAUGAUGUUGCACAGGUUCUCCUCGACGGCGGUGCCGAUCCUGAUUAUGGAACGCCAUCAGCCCUCCAGUGCAUCGUUAUGUUCAAGCAGGAGGACAAGUGGAGGGCAAAGUUCGAGUCUGCUCCGGGUCGGGGCAAGGCCACUGAUCCCGAGACCACCGAGGAGAGGGCCCCCGAGCGGAUGAAGUAG